CGUCCAGCCCACGCAACCGAUGUCGACCCGAAUUGAUCCGACGCCUAACCUCCCCGCGCUCCUCGCACCCACCCUCGGGGCCCCGAAGUUGGCCAUCUUGUCUCUCCGACCGCCGACACAGCGUAGUUGGCCUCGGACGCCCGAUUUACGCGCGCGUAUCAUGUCUCAUCUAACCGGAGGAGUUGGACGCGAGUUUUGGCAUGAAUUCCUACAGAUGUACAGAAGUUAUCCGUGCCUUUGGGACGUGAAAGAUCCCUCGUAUCUACGCAAAGACGUGAAAAGAGAAGCGUAUGCAGUCCUACUAGCUAAAGUCAAUGAAGUCGACCCAACAGCGACUUUGGACACCGUGAAGAAAAAGAUUGACAGUUUUCGCACCGCGUUCCGGAGAGAAGAGAAAAAAGUCAUUUUGAGCAUGCAUUCCGGUGCUCUUGAUAAUGAAAUAUAUUCUCCUACGUUAUGGUAUUAUAGAGAGUUAGAAGAAUUUCUUGGCAAUAACACUGAGGAACACAGGAAUUUGAUUAUUUCUAGAGCGUCCUGCAACAAUGAAGAUGAAUGCAGAAUGGUUGAGGUACGGCUAGACGAAGCAACUUUAUCAGAGGAAAGUGAGGAGGAAAAAUAUACGCCACCUUUGAAAAAACGAAUGAAGAUCACCGACAUAAGAUCUGAACACCAACCGUCUAGAAUAUUUGCUCAGUCUAUUCCCGUACCACAAACAGACAUUGAAGAUGAUUGUCACACCUUUGCAGCAAACAUAAAAGUACAAAUGAGAGAAUUAAAUAAAGAUCAAAAGUUUAUAGCUCAAAAAUUAAUAUCCGACGUGAUAUUUUUGGCGCGAACCAACCGGCUGAACUUUAAUUCUUGUGUUAAUAGUAAUUUGCCUUACAGGGUACAUGUUCCUACUAAGUCUGAUCAUUUAGUUUCGACUCCUGACUUAGUGCAAAAUGAAUGUGAGAGUUCUGAUUGCUCUUCUAGUAAAAUAAAACCUUCUCCUGAAAAAUGAU